AUGCACCGUGCCGCUGUCCUGCCCCUGUUGGCAUCCCUAGGAACCAUCGCCGCCGCUGCGCCGGCGGUUACUGAUGCCGAUAUUAUCGUGAAUUCUUUCCAGCUGUAUCCCGAAAAUGCCGACUACGAUUUCAAGCGCAAACUGCUACAUUUUGGUGCACUGUACAAUUCGUCCAUUGCCGCGUAUAGCCCGUCGAAAAACACCAUUGAAAAAAUUACCGAAUUUCCACCACUUACCAAUGAUACCUCUUAUCACGCAAGCGGUGUCAAAGUUGACCCCUUCAACGAUCGGCUGUCCGUCAUCGUCAACCCCGGCGCCGCAUGGACAACGGCGGGAGAGAACAUAACAGGAGACACGUGGCUCAUCAAGCUCGACCUGAAAACGGGCGACGAGCUCUGGCGGAGUAAUCUUACGACGGCACUGGAUGGAAAGUACGGAGGGUACCAGGACGUGGCGCAUGAUGCCGCCGGCAACUCCUACGUCAUCGGCACGUUUCCAGGCUCCAUUCUCAAGGUCGACCCCAUCGGAAAGAAAAUAACUCCAUGGUAUGUAAGCGAAGAGACCAACACGACGGUAACUGGAUUCACUGGUAUUGUCUAUCUGGGCACGAAGUUUCUCACGACGUAUGGGCAAAAUGGCCAGCUGCAACGCUGGGACAGUUGCCAGGGACAGGGUAAGCCUACUCCCGUUCCUAUUGGAACAACCGGUACACCGCCGACAACGGACGCGGUUCUCCAGAACAUUGAAGCCAUUACUCUGCCUAAAAAGUACGAGGGCAAGGUUCUCCUAGUGGCUUCCAACUCCAAAGGAGUCUAUGUACUGCGAUCCAAGGACGGUAGCUGGGAUUCGGCUGAGAACCUGGGAGCAAUUCCCAACAAUUACGAGAGCGAUGGAGUUGUUGUAACAACCGUGCAGGUGGAGGACCGUCUUUAUGCUGUUCUUGAGUACUUUGACGAUAUUAAAAACCCCGUGCCCGAGACCGUUGCUGGCAACCGAACCGAGUUUCCCCUCCAGGAUAUUACCUCAGCUGUGGAGGAGUAUCUGCAGAAGUAG